AUGCCUUCUGUCGCAUCGUCUACGGAAGAAGCUGAGUCUGGCCAACAGAGAUCGACCCAAUCCAGUGAUUUGACUGAAGAUACUAGCGAUACACUGUCAGAAUAUAACGACCGGGUGCGGUUCAACGGUGAUGGACUGAACACGGGAGUCCGGGUGCUAGGAGAUGGCCGGCUCGACAUCCGUAUCAAAGAGCACAGGCCAAGCAUCGCCGGACUGCUCAAUCGGCUGCAGGCCACCCCUGCGCCAUCAGAAUGUGAUCAAGCGAAAGACACCGCUAGCACUUGCAGCCGUGCCGGACGAGAUGGAAAAACUUUCCCACUGGUCAUGAAUAUCGUCAUUCAGGUUAUCGGCUCGCGCGGUGAUAUUCAGCCAUUCGUCGCAUUGGGUAAAGAGCUGAAAGCUCACGGACACCGAGUGCGACUGGCAACCCACCUCGCAUUCCGCGAAUUCGUUCUUGAAGGCGGACUGGAAUUCUUCAAUAUCGGUGGAGAUCCAGCUGAGCUCAUGGCUUUCAUGGUCAAGAACCCCGGACUACUUCCGGGUCUAAAAACGAUUCGGAGUGGUGCGAUUCAGAAGCGACGCCGGGAGAUGAGAGAGAUAAUUCAUGGAUGCUGGAGAUCAUGCUUUGAAAUGGGUGAUGGGACAGAUUUGCAUCAGAUUAAAGAGGAUCUUUGGGGCGAUACGAAGGACUACCGUCGACAGCCGUUUGUCGCCGAUGCGAUUAUUGCCAAUCCGCCCAGUCUAGCGCAUGUUCACUGUGCGCAGAGGCUUGGCGUACCACUUCAUAUUAUGUUUACAAUGCCAUGGUCACCUACACAAUCCUUUCCUCACCCUCUAGCUAUCAUUCAUCAGCAAAACUGCAAGCCGACCGUCGCAAACUUCGUUUCUUAUGCUGUCGUUGAUAUGAUGGUGUGGGAGGGACUCGGUGAUCUGGUGAAUACGUUCCGGAAGAAAAGCUUAGCUCUUGAUGCAUUGGACCAUAUCACUGCGCCGAGCUUAAUACAUAGACUGCAAAUACCUUGCUCAUACCUUUGGUCACCGGCAGUAUUACCGAAGCCAGCUGAUUGGGGCGACAAUAUUGAUAUUUGUGGAUUUAGCUUCCUCCCAACAGAGUCCGACUAUAAACCCACAGCCGAGAUUGACGCAUUCCUCAAAGCAGGCCCAACACCAAUAUACGUUGGGUUCGGCUCCAUUGUGGUUGACGACCAGAUCAAAUUAACUAAAAUAAUAUUCGAAGCCGUUAAAAUGUCAGGGCAACGGGCAAUUAUCUCCAAAGGCUGGGGAAAUCUCGGCAUUGACGAAAGUGACAUCCCAGAAAACAUCCUGAUCAUUGGUAGCUGCCCCCAUGACUGGUUAUUUCGACAAGUGUCCUGCGUGAUUCAUCACGGCGGUGCAGGCACGACUGCCGCUGGACUUGCACUUGCGCGACCAACUAUCAUCAUCCCGUUUUUCGGAGACCAGGAGUUCUGGGGAGGAAUUGUAGCACGCGCUGGCGCUGGGCCACGUCCAAUCCCGCACAAAAGUCUCACGGCGGACAAGCUGAAAGAUGCAAUUGAGAUGGCGCUGAAGGAAGAGACCCAGGUUAAGGCGCAAGCUAUAGCAGAGAAGAUGAAAAAGGAAUCUGGGGUGCGCGACGGAGUUCGCAGUUUUCAUCGGCAGUUGAACUUGAGGUCAUUGCGAUGUUGUGUGUGCCCUAUUCAUCCUGCCGUGUGGCAUUUGAAACGCACACAACUAGGAUUCAGCGCAUUUGCAGCUGCCGUUUUGGUCGAAAUGGGGAGAUUGCACCCAGAAGACCUAGUUUUGAGCCGGGCGAUGGAAUACGAUACUUACCGCGAUCCAAUCGGCCCACUAAGUGCUUCAGCCCAAGUUCUGUUCGGGGCCAUCUCUGGUUUCGUCACAGGACUUGCAGAUGUACCAGUAGAGAUGAUGCAGGACAUCUUUUCAGCCGGUCGAGCAAUAGGACACGCUCACUCAAAGCCCAAGCCAAGCAAAUUAUGGCACCAAAAGCCUCACAACGAAGAUGAGCUUGCCAGCGAUCCAUCUUCCUCGGACCAUGCAGUGGCUGAAUCCCACCAAGAACAGAGCCAGCUUCCUCACUCAAGUGAUGACGAGCAGGAAUCGGCAGAUGAAAAUGAAGACGAUGACCUGGAUUGGGAAAACCAGUUUGGCGAAGAUGGCUUAUUUCCCGAAACUGAGCUCGAAAAAAACCAUAGCCGGGAGUUGGAGAAGACACAAACCAUGGGUGAACAAAUUGGAAUUGCGCAGGCGAAUAGUAGGCUCCGUGAGGCAGCGAAUCAUGGUCGAAGGAUGUCUAUGAAGUUUCUUAAUCUUGUUAUUUGGCUUCCGACCGAUGUGUCGCUCAGUCUUUCCAAGGGCUUCCACAAUGCGCCAAAGCUGUAUCAUGAUCCGAUGGUGAGGUCCACGCCAAAGGUCAAGGGGAUUCGCAGCGGCUUUAGGGCCGCUGGAACGGUUCGUUCAACUAUUGCUAUGUUGUCAUUUUAUGAUGUUGUUAACACUAGACAGGAAUUCCGCGACGGGUGGUACGACGGCGUCACAGGGUUAGUGACUCAGCCUCGGCAUGGUUACAGAGAUGAAGGCACCAAGGGAGUGUUCAAAGGCAUCGGAAGGGGUAUCGGUGGUGUUUUCCUCAAGCCCCCAGCAGCUUUGUGGGGAUUGGCUGGCUACCCUCUAACUGGGCUACGCCGAAAACUUCUGAAAUCACUCGGCAAAACCCAAGAAUGUCAGAUCAUCUUGUCUCGCAUUGCCCAGGGACGCGAAGAAAUGCAAGCAUCCACCCCGGAACAAAGAGCUCUCGUGGUCAAGAAGUGGAAUUUGAUCGAAGAAAGCCUGAUGAAGAAUCAGGAGUACAGUGGACAUUGCCCUGCUCAUCGGGUACAUUAG